AUGUCGACUUUUUCAAUUCAAAUGAAUCAGACGCUGCGAAAGCGAAGAAAAUCGGAAUCUUCUACUCCGCCAAUUACAAAAUUCUUUCCCAUAUUGAAGCGGCAGCGAUCUCCAUCGGAAGAACAAAGAGUCAGCCAGAAACUUGAUAAUUCGGAAAUUUUGAUGAAAGGGAAAAAAGAAAACGCCGAUGAUGAAUCACCGACAUUAGAAUACAAUUCCGAUGAACUUUGUGGGCUUCUAGAAGUUAAUAAAAGAACAUCAAAACUUGGGUCAGUCUUAGGAGUUGGUACGGCUUCUUUAGAGAAUUUACCAAACGAGGUUCAAACAAGAUUGUACACCAUACUGGACUUGCACUCUCUCUCAUGUUUGGCGCUAACUUCCAAAACAAUGUCUAAAAACGUAAAGAUGUAUGUAACAGCGGGAACGUUCUAUCGCAGAUUUCACUUGGAUUUUUUGGAUUUUGUCAACUGCUCUCAUAAUGUUCACGAAGGAAAUUUUAUUGAAAAUGAUCCAUUCUUUGCAUGCGGAAUCCUCAUUAAAUCGCUUACAAUCACCCUCGAUACAGACAAGAGAACUCUUGUUUUCCUCAACAUUUGUCGAAAUUUAUUCAUUCAAAUGGGCGGAGAUAUUCACGGUUUUGGAAGAAUUGUCGAAGGGAUGGCCCAAUGCUGGACUUUUUCUGAACGUCGUUUGUUGGUUAAAGCAGCGAUUUUAAUUGAUCCUCGCCUUCGGAAUGCUAUUGUAAACGUACUAACCGGAAGUCUUGAGGAAUUUAUUGGCUUGGAAAUGAAGGUUCGCUCAUGUCUUACAGAGUUAUUUUUGAAUCGGAGACAAGAUGUAGAUGAAUGUUCAACUGAUGAGAUCAUCGAGUUUGGUUCUUGGCUUUCUAUUUUGCUGAAAAAUUUCACUGAACAGUAUCAGGGAAAAUUGUAUUAUCUGUUGUUUGGACCGACUGUGCACCGAAGAACUGGAGAAAAAGUCGCUUGGAAUUAUUUUUCACGUGUGUUCGAGGAAGAUGUUGCCGAUAGAUCUACGAAUCGUAACAGAAGUAUAGUAAAAAUGAGAAUGACUAACAUGUUGAAUGGAAUCAAAGCGUUGAGAAUUAUGAGCACGACCCGGCAGUGUGAUAUAUCUUGGACUUCUCGGAAAAUCUAUCGGCUUUUUUUGAGAAUUGUGGAAUGCAGCUCAAUAGAUGGGGAAUGGCCAAUGGAGAUUAGCGCAAUGGCUCUUGCUAUAGACACUUCUGGGCUUUUCAGUGAAUAUCUUUUUAGUUGUUGUGAUGUUCAUCACUCGAAUUUUGUUCUCCAACAGGAACAUGCGGCUAAUAUGAUAUGCCAGGUUAGAUCUAAUUUGUUUAUUUGGAACGGGUCCCCUUCUACAUUUCUCUCGGAACCACUUCAUUUUACAUUCAAUGAGCUUGCGAAAAUUGAUGGACAUCCUGGUGGACCAUACUAUUCUGCAUUCCUAGAUCGAAUCUGGCAGGCUCAUUAUAAAAGAAUCGAUGCCCUUGUUGAGAAAGGAAAUACACGUUGCUUUGAAACUUUGAGAAUUGAGAUGAAUGCGCAGCUUGCUAUUCUUCGUAUACUUUCGCACUUUGCCGAUGCCGUUGCCAUGUAUAGAUAUAUCACGUUCGAAGAUGAAAAUCUCAAUAUGGAAAAUAUGCAACCUGCUUUAAUCGAGAGAGAAGAACAAGAAGAAUAA